AUGACCCGUGAUGAUCUGUUCAACACCAAUGCCAGUAUUGUACGUGACAUCGUCGAUGUCAUUGCCAUCGAAGCUCCUAAGAGUGCCGUUGUUAACCAAGCAUCUGGUAUACAAUACGUGCUUCAGGCUAUGAUUGCUGUUAUCACCAAUCCAGUAAACUCAACCGUACCGAUCGCAUCUGAAGUUAUGAAGAAGCACGGAGUAUACGAUAAGCGUCGAAUUUUCGGAGUCACAACCUUGGAUGUUGUUCGUGCGCAAGCUUUCGUCGCCGAACUGAAAGUACGUUUUCUUUUGCUCAAUUACGUGUGUACCUCAUCUGACUGCAAUUGCAAAUAUAAUGGUUCAUAG